CUAUAUCUCAUCAUUAUCUACCAAUACAUAGAAAAGGGGGAAAAAACUGAGAGGUGUGGCUCAACCUGGAGAAUUUAACGUGUAACAAGCCUAGGAGUAACAAUCUACCCAGUCUAUUCGGCCAUGAUUUGAUUUAACACGCACAUCGGAUCAUUCGCGUCAAAGAAUUACAUUGCAUCCAGUUUAACAAACGAUUGAAUUGAAGUAAUGCGAUCAUCAACGAAUCGCGGAGCUGCACUUCUGCACACCUUUGAGCAGCAGUAUGAUGCAGGCAGGAGUCUGUCUGAGACAGGACACUGAGACAACCCUACCAGAGCUCACUGAGCAGCACAGGAUCAGACUGAAAGAAGAGGAACUCAGUGGACUGGAGUCAGAGACGGAAUGUGCUGCACCAGGACUCAACACACUGGAGCCAGAGUGUGUUACAGCACACAGCGGGGUCAGUGAUGGACACCACACACACACAUCAGUGAUAAAAACAGAAGCUGAUCUGGGCUUCACCCACACUGGGGAUCUUAUUAAGACGGAGAGCCCUGAAAGGACAGAGCUAGGAUAUGUGACCCAUCUGCAUCCUGACCAAAUCAAAACAGAGGCUGAAGAUGGAGGAUACCUGAAGGCAGAACACAUCAGUGACUUCCAGGACUUUAAAUGUUUUAAUAUUAAGUGUGAAUCCAGUGAAGGUUUAGUGAGUGAUCUCAUGAACACUGUGAUGACUGGAGCUGGUGUUGAUCACACAGACCAGACUGAACCAUGGCAAUGUGCAGGAGAGCCAAACUCAAACUGUAAAAAAGAAGAAAUUCAAGAUCCGUUAACCCAGUUUGGGGACUUAAAUCAUCACAGCAACAUAAACAAUGAAAAUAAUCAGACCAACAUUUUCCAUAAAAGAACAAACGGUUGCAAUCAAGAUGGGAAACUAACAACAGAUGUGAAAAAUGAACCCAUGAUAAUUAGUACAAGAGAAAGGCAGUAUACAUGUACAGUGUGUGAGAAGUGUUUUAAUACCAAAUCUGGGUUAACUGCACACCGAAGAAUUCAUACAGGUGAAAAGCCCUACAGUUGUCCUCAUUGUGAGAAUGGUUUUCAUUUCAAAUAUCAGUUAACUACGCACCUGAGAAUUCAUACAGAUGAAAAGCCCUACAAAUGUUCCCAGUGUGGGAAGUGCUUUUCCAAAAUAUCUUGUAGAAAUCGCCACCAGAGAAUUCAUACAGGUGAGAAGGCAUACAAAUGUUCUGAUUGUGGGAAGUGCUUUUCCAUAAGAUCUGAUUUAAAUAGCCACCAGAUAAUUCAUACUCAUGAAAAGCCCUACAAAUGUCCUCAGUGUGAGAAGUGUUUUAAUUUCAAAUCUGGGUUAACUGCACACCAAAGAAUUCAUACAGGUGAAAAGCCCUACAAUUGUCCUCAGUGUGAGAAGUGCUUUUACAGAAUCGCUUGUUUAAAUCGCCACCAGAGAAUUCAUACAGGUGAAAAGCCCUACAAAUGUCCUCAGUGUGGGAAGUGCUUUUACACAAUAGUUUGCUUAAAUCGCCACCAAACUAUUCAUACAGAUGAAAAGCCCUAUAAAUGUUCUCUGUGUGGGAAGUGCUUUUCCAUAAGAUCACAUUUAAAUAGCCACCAGAGAAUGCAUACAGGUGAAAAGCCCUACAAAUGUCCUCAAUGUGAGAAGUGUUUUCAUUUCAAAUCUGGGUUAACUACACACCUAAGAAUUCAUACAGGUGAAAAGCCCUACAAAUGUUCUGAGUGUGGGAAGUGCUUUUCCAUAAGAUCUCGUUUAAAUAGCCACCAGCGCAUUCAUACAGGUGAAAAGCCCCACAAGCGUUCUGUUUGGCCAGUGCUUCCCCAGAAGAUAUCAGUUAAAUAGCCACCAGAACAUUGAUAUUGGUGAAAACCCCUACAAGUGCCCUCAGUGUGAGAAGUGUUUUAAUUUAAUAUCUGGGUUAACUGCACACCGAAGAAUUCUUACAGGUGAAAAGCCCUACAAAUGUCUUCAGUCAUCGUUUUGGAAAGUGAAGUUCAUGCAAGCACCUUCCCUAAAUGAUUAAAAUCACUUCAGGAUAAUUCAUACAGGUAUGACAAGCGUCUUAAUGCUAAAUAUUAUUUUGAUAUACACCGGGGGGGGUAUACUACGAAGGCAGCUAAACAUAUUUAUAUUUCUUUGCGUAACCUGGCUUCACAUUGAUUUAAAUGAUAUAGCAUUUACUGUAUUAAGUUUAGUUAUUAAAAUGACAUGUAAUACAGUUAUAAAUAAGUUAUGUGCUACAAAUUCAAAACAAUGACAAACCCCAUUCAUAUUUUUUUUUCAUCAUUCACCUGAAAACUUAAAAAUGAAAAGCCCAUUAUAUGUGCACAGUUGGAAGGUAUAAUUUGCAUCAAUUCAAUAUUUAAAUCACCAAUCAUACGCUAAACCAGAAGGUUGUGUAAGUUGUAGAAAGGCUUAAAAUACUUAUUUGGUCAACGUGACACAAGAAUAUCAUAAAUGCCAUAAGUCAUAAGCAGAAUGGUUCAUCGUGUUCAUUUCAAUACCAGAAAAUUCCAUCAGAAACUAAAUGAUUGUUACUUAUGUAACUUUUUGCAGGCUACUGAAAAAUGGCACAAUGACUUGGGCUAUCUGGGAUGCCAUUUUUCUUUUAAAAAGUGUGUGACCAUUUUAUUCAAAAGAAACCGUCAUUUACCUUGAAGUCUGCAGGAAGAUAUUUUUGAUGAUGAAAUUGACACCUCUGUAAUUUGGUAGUAACAAUGUGAACUGUGACCUGAAUAUGCCGUACAAAAAAUAUCGUCCCAAGUACUGCCGACAUGGCUCAGGCAGUAAGAGCAGUCGUCUCAUUGGCUCAGGCAGUAAGAGCAGUCGUCUCAUUGGCUCAGGAAGUAAGAGCAGUCGUCUGGCAGUCGGAGGGUUGCCGGUUCGAUCCCCCGCCCGGGCUGUGUCGAAGUGUCCCUGAGCAAGACACCUAACCCCCAUUUGCUCCUGACGAGCUGGUCGGCGCUUUGCAUGGCAGCCAAUCACCGUCAGUGUGUGAGUGUGUGUAUGAAUGGGUGAAUGAGAAGCAUCAAUUGUACAGCGCUUUGGAUAAAGGCGCUAUAUAAAACCAUUUAUCAUUUUACUCUGAAAAUGAGCUUCCCUGUACUUUUUCAUUUAUUUUACUGCCAACGUAUGGGCUGUUAUGUGUAUGAAAUGAUUUAAAAUUGUUAAUGGGCACAUGCUGAGGCAGAUGUUCUGCAAUGCGUCAUUUGCUUUCUGCUUUACCUCCGCUUUGUAAAUCUUUUAACGGACAUUCUGAGGAAUCAUCAUCCCGAUCAUUUUAUCGAGGUGACUGUUUUUAUUUUGCAUGAGGGCGGGAUGUGUUGUCCCCAAUGCACAAAUGUGAAUGAACAUGUGAAAUGUUACACUCGAACAAAAGCUCCUUGGGAAAAUAAAUAACUCAUGUGAUUCUCUUUA